AUGAUAAAAGUUGAGGUGGACAAGUUUCGACAACAGAUAUUAAGCUUGAAGGUUCUUCUUCGCUCGUUGCUUGACAAGGAUUUAUUGAGUCAGUCGUUUAGCUUUACUGAACGAUUACAAAUCAUUCAGGAUCGUGUCGAAGAAAUCGUUUUGAGAUCUGAGGUAAUUUAUAGAGUUUCAUACAAAAAGAAACAGAAUGUAUUGUUCAAAAUUGUUCUUCCCGUACUUACUCAAUUCCUUCUCUUUCUCAGGCCAUGCUCGCGCGUAACAAUCUUCGCCUCCUCCCAGUCAAUCCCACCCUUAACACUAUAUUUCGCUCCAUUUUCCUUCUCCAUCCUCUCUUCUGCUGAACCCACCAUGUAUUAGACACGCGAGAACGUGCGCACGCGAAUAGAUAAAUUUAAAUUCAUGAAGUUUAGAUUAUAGUGUCAGAUUAAGAUUAUUAGUAUUCGGGUUAGGGGUUAGAGUUGGGGUUAGAUUGGGGUUAGGUUCAUCUAUCCCAAUAUGAUUGCGCGAAUUUAUUGUAUUGAUAAUUUUGGACGUGUUUAACAAUUUACUCAUAUAUAGUAAAAUCCAAGGACGAUGCUAGAAAAUAAUCGAUAAACGGAAAAAAAUCGAUGUUCUUUGAAAACCAAUUUAACCGAUGUUGCUUUCGGUGAAAAACCGGAAAGCCAAAAUACAGAAAAAUCCGAACAAAAAUCGGUAUUUCAAUGCAAUCGGUGUUCAAAUUACGCUUUCGUGAUUAAACUAAAAGAGAGUUUAUGCUAUUCUUACACAUGCAGGCCGUUAAAAAAGAAUCAAGUGUUUGUGUUCAUGCCUGGAAAAACGUCUAUAAUGAUGAACAGCGAUCUACGAACGGAACGGCUUCCAUUCGCACGAGCUUGGGUAGCAUGACUCACAAGCGUCAUUCACCUUUCUAACUGUAGUUUCGAACGUGUUCUAAAAAAGCCGAUUUACUCAGUUUUUUCUGGGUUUUUCGAACGGUUUUCGGUUUUUAUAAAAAAAAUCUCACCCUAAUCAAUACUGCGUACUAAAAUAGACCUUGGAAUGAGGAAAUUGAGUAUCGAUCCACGCAGGUAAGGGGCAGGUAGUAGGUGCACCUGCAAUCCUGGUCAAAACGUGGAAAAGUGACAACCCACAUGCAGACAUUGGCCUUGAAUGGCAUUUUUUUUCUAAAUAAUAAUCCCCCCGCUCCCCCAAACCAAUGUUGAAUGGGAUUUUUCAUCAAAUGUAAAUAAUUCGGAUAUGCAACAUUGAAGAGGGGGAGUGGGGGAUAUGCCAGUAAAUUCAAGUUUUAGCUGUUUGUUAUGAUUUUUGCGGAAGUGGAUUAACCACAUGCGUUUUGGCCCGGAUUGUGUACCAGCGUCCACGCGUCCCUUGGUUAACAUCUACUUACAGCUGCUAGUUUAAGCUUUGCCUGUUUUCUUUGCAGGCCUUAGCUGCUGAAGAAGAUAGCGCAAACCUACAGCUAGAGAGGGGUUUUAGUGUGCUGGAAACGUUUGAGAGAAGUCGGUCACAAAAAGACUCCGAAGUCAAUAUAACAGUGAAUGCCGCGAACAGAAUCCGACAGAAACAUCAAGAGACAGUGGCAGUUAUGGAAAAUAUUCGUAACUUAGCAACACAGGGCUACAAUUCGUUAAACAAUACAAUGGAAGGUUUCCUGAAUGAAAUUCGAACAUCUCUGAUGCUACUUGAUGAUUGGAUGAACGAACUGGAACAGGUUAACGCUCAGUCGAUCGAAAAAGUGGCAGAAAUUGGUCUUAUAAACAAGACAAUUAAUAACCAUUUGGAAGCAGCCGUAACUCUAAUUACCAAAGCGAGGGAAGAUGCUACAAAUGCGCUAAACCUGUUUGAUUCUCUGGUAUUAUGGAUUCCAACAUUGCAAGCUAAUAUGUCUGACGCGAAAGAGAUUGGCAGACGCGCCUACGAUACAGCUCGACAGCAGUAUAACAACGCAUCGAUCGUGUUUAACGUGACGUCACAUUUGGAGACACACAUGUCUAACAACACUGCCAGUAUCGCAGAGGUAAUUGUUAUAUUCUUCUUAUUUUACAUUCAUAUAUUAUUUGUACAUAUAGCUAAUAGGGUGGUUUCCGGGGGAAUUUGAUUAAAAACUUUUUCUAUCAAUAGCUUCAGUUUGGAAUAGACAAUUCCCAUUAUAGACUAAUUUUAGAACUAGGCAAGGAGAUGCAAAUAAAUCACCGUAUCUAGAAAGAGCAUACAAAAUUAGUAAAAUUGCAAAGUUUGGUUGGGAAAUGUUGUAAAAUGCGGAAAAUAUGACAGCCUUGCAAAGCUUGCAAAUUUUGUAUACUUUCGCAUUGCGUGCGGAAAUCGCUCUCAUUUUCGGCCCAAAUUUGGUAGCAAUUUCCGCACGCAAUACAAAAGUAUACUGGCAAAAUUUGGGAACUUUGCAAUGCUAUAUUUUCCGCAUUUUACAACAUUUUGCAACCAAACGUCUGCAAUUUUACUCAUUUUAGUAUGCUAGUAUAAUAUAAUCGUUGUGUUUGCCAAAAAAAAAACAAAGAAUUAUGAAUCAUACCUUUUCUUUUUCUCAGGAGGCAUUAUUGUUAAAGGAGCUCGCCCAGGAGGUACGUAGAAACGCGACAGACGUUAUUGAGUCGGUAUACAAAGCUUCUGAAGAAUUUUCAAAUGUCAUGAAUCAAACCAAAGAUGCAUUAAAACAGAUAACAAUAUUGCAGGUAAUAUGAUUAUACGAACUAGUUUAAUGUGUUUAGUUCCCUAAUAGUAUAGUGAAUAAAAAUGUUUCUCGACUGUGAUUGGUUGAUUUCAGUGGAGUUAAUCCCAAACAGCAGUCGGAAAAAUAUGUAACAACGGUGCAAAAAUCUGUUACAAACAACUUUAUUGGUGAACAAACAAAUUCAAUGGGAUCUCAAAUCGACCAAUCAGCAUAAAGUAUACGUAGUCCUCAAAAUAACGCUCACAGAUUUCUUCAAGGCAAAACAAAACAAACAUGGCGGCCUCGGUACUUAAUUUAAAGAAAAAAUUGAGUUUGGGUCGAAAAUAUGGCAAAAUAGCAUGGACGGAAAAGACUUUAUUUUAAACAAGAGAAAUAACUACCUAUACAUAUAGUUAAGUGAAAUUUUCAAACUGUACAAUGGAUAUAAUAAGCAGAAAAACUUUGUUAGUCAACAGUUCGCUGUGAAACGAAAGUUACAAUAAAACUAGAAUUGUCUCUACAUUUUUAUGUAUACUAUUAAUACGUAAUAGAAUGACAUCUCGUGAAAUUUGGAUAAAACAAGCACUUUUGAUGCUCUUUGAAAAGCUCACUCGUAACCGAUCGAUUUAAGCUGGUAUACAAAGCAAUAUAAACAACACUUUCCCAGCAUAUAUCAUAUAGCUGUGUUAGAUCAUAAUAUUCAAUCACGUACAGAUAUAUAAUGUCUUAUAGCAUGCAACAGGGUAGAAAUUAAAUCUGAUUGGAGAAAUUCUAUAAGAGUUGGUAACCUGAACCAUUUAUCCCGGUAUCUUAUCAUCAUUUCUGUUUUAGGAAGUGAGUUUCCUCCCCUUUGAUGCCUUGCAUGACGUCUUCACGUUUGAGUGCAAUUCUGAACAGAAAUGAUGCAUUAUAGGACUGGCACAUGUAAAUUAAAUGUUUUUAUAUGCAUUGCAGUGCAGACCAACAUGACCAACCGAAACACAUCAUGCGGAUAAUUAAAAAAAAAGAAAGAACUACUUUGCUCAUUGACUUUGUCCUAUUUGUCUUGGCUUGACAUUUGUCCUUCCAAAGAAAAUAAGUAUUUGCAUGCCUGAAUCACUCAUGCCAGGGGUCGUCCCAAGACCACCCAUUUUUCAAAAUGGGGAGUUCUAAAUGUAAAAUGGUAGGCUAAAAAUUAAGAUGGCCAGUUCUUAAAAUUGAGUUUUCGAGCUUUAUAUGGGAAUUAGUUCUAAAUUAAGCACCCAUACAGAUAUUUAAGGCAAAAAGAAAACCCAAAUGUCACUCUGAAAAUGCAGGAAAUAGCCAUUACCUGGCCGACCACUAAUGGCCGUACCGGUAUAAAGUCUAUAAGCUAUGCUUAUGUAUGUCAACAUUUUCUGGUGGGGGGGGGGGCAUGUUCCAGGACCCUCCUAGCUAUUCAGGUAUCCUGUACCCAAUACACCAUGACUUCUUCUCUCGUUACUGCCACACAGUUAGCCUGUGUUUACUACUUCACAGUCUGCUCUUGUCGAAAUGGGCAGUUCUAAAUUUUUCUUAGGAUGACCCCUGCAGGGCUCAUGCUUUAUGUAUUGUACAAAAAAUAACAUUACAUUUCAUGUUACAAAGGAACACGUACGAACAUCCGAACAACAGGCAAGCGAACAUCUUGCUGAAAGUCAGAAAUACCACACACAAGCUGUGACAGCCAUACAUGAAGCUCAAGAAAUACACGAACGUGCCGGGAACAUUCUUGAUACAGUGGAAAACUACGGAGUCGUUGCGGAACAAGCUAAACAACAGUCCCAGAAAUCCAUUCAAGACGCAAAUGAAUUAACAGCUUUCCAUCAGUCAAGGAUAGACUAUGCAAGCAACAUUGCUCAAUCAUUGCAUUCGUCGCAUAACUCAUCCCAUUCCUUGGUGGUUCUUGCAGAGAAGGUUGAAAACCAUGCGAAAGAGGAGAAUGAAGUAAGUUAUUUAACAUUAUGGGCGGCUAAGGAGCUGUUUACACACGGCUCAAAAUAACAGGAGAUAGCUAGGUCUCCGGUCAAAGUGACCAGUCAAAGUCAUGUUUGCACAAACAGUGAAACAAACUAUUAGAAACUUGUUUCGAUACAUCAUUUUAAUUCAAGACUUCAGCAAUCACAUUGGAAGGCAUGAAAAUGUGGCCAGUCAAAAUGACCGGUGAGGUACAAAAGUUACUGGUCAAGAGGCAUUGUUUGGCCGGUCAUUGUCCGUUGACCGUCCGUUAUUUUGAGCCCUGUAUACGUAUUUACACAACUGAUUCAGUUCGCUGGAACGUUAUGGAAGGCGGAAUGAUUUUGAUGUAUUACAAUUAAGAAUAGCAUUUCUAUACCGAGCGCAAAUUUACAUAGUGCGGACAUGACCAAAUGCGCUUUAUACAUCGAGUAGUAUACUUUAGUAUUUACAUAGCCUAGACUAUCUCAUCUUUACAACAAUUGUGAUAUUAAUUUUUUAACUAUGUUUAUCCUUACCCACUGUGUCAACUUUCCUGUUCAUGGGUGGAAACCGGAUCACCCGGUGAAAACCCACGACUGUUGGCAUAGCGCUGACUGACUCUUUUCAUAUCACUCGUUUGUGGCUGGCUAUGCCCCUGGUUCAAGAAAUUAUUGUUGCUACGCGAGAACAGCCUUUCGUGUGCAAUUAUACUGUAAUCCGUAUCACUAGAAAAGUAAUGCAGUUUUGCCGCAUCAUAAACCGUAACUUACUUCAAUAGUGAGUUUAAGAUACCCCGGUUUCAGUGUACGGGUACGGGUAGCAUGAUUUUGGUUAGCAAUAUUUUCGUCGAUGUUUGAACCUUUACUCGUAAUUAAGGUGCACAUUUUUCGCGUUAUAUCAUUGUCUAUUGCAAGAAAACAGAAAAGUAUGAUCGAAUUACAGACAUCAGUAAAAACUAGUAAACAAGAUGACACCACUCGUACCCGUACACCGAAACCGGGGUGUCUUAAACUCACUAAUAUGUCAAAAUCAUCCCGCUUUACAUCUCGUCCCGGCAAUACGGGGUCAUAUAUACAGCCCUAACAGUAGUUCUACACAUACUCAAUCUAAAGUUAAAGACUUAAAGUUAACUAUAUUGGAUAUCCCAGCCCCGUAAAAACCCUAUGAAAUCCCUUAACAUCCCUUCAAAUCCAAAAUAAUCCAAAAAUCUCGAAAAAAUCAAUCCCCCACAAAAUCCUGUAAAAAUAAAAAAAUGCCUUGAAAUCCCAUGUACACUUUCAUGCAGUGAUGCAUUCUUCUGCACAAACUGUAACAAAGAAUCCCCCACAAAAUCCAGUAAAAAUAAAAAAUGCCUUUAAAUCCCAUGUACACUUUCAUGGAGUGAUGCAUUCUUCUGCACAAGGCUUUGAAUAUCCUUGAAAUUGUGAAGAAGUACUUGAAAGUCCUUAAAUUAAUCUUCUUGAACUGUCUGUGCCAGUUUAUAGGUAAUGCCAAAAGUAUUAACAAGCUUUCGUUGGUGGGGAUCGAUGCAACUACCUGAAAAAUAUAAGGAGAAUUUUGCCGUUUCGAGCGAAGGCCCUUCUUCUGGAGUUACGUAUAAACUCCAGAUAAAGGGCUAGCCUGCGAACAGGUUCUUUGAAUUGAUCAAAGAGAGCCUGUUCGCAGGCUAGACAAAGGGCCUUCGCUCGAAACGUCGAAAUUUCCCUUAUAUUCUUCACUUAAAUUCUUCUGUUUUAGUUUACGCAAAUUUUCUGAAAUUGUUUGACAAUCUAAACGGACAUUUGUGGUUCAUGAACUCAUAAUUUCUUUCAACCCUUUUGCAGGCAAUUACCAAAACUUUCGUCCUGUCUCAAAAGUUGAGGAAUUACACUGCGGACGAAAAGGCAGCUACGGUGGUCAAUAAUCAUAACAUGGUUCUGGAUCAUAUCGCAAAUCAAGUCAACCCUAUUCACGAGAAGUGCACCUCAAUUCAACGAGACACACAAGCUAUCUUGGCAAACACAACAACAACACAAGUAGCAGCAGAAGCACUUUUGGGAAAGGUUAACGGCGUUUCCGAAGAGUUGGAUAAAACUACAACAAGCUACGACGCAUUACCGACGUUAAACACAAGGCCACUAACGGCUAUGGUGUCAGAUAUCACGAGAAUUCGAGGUGCUUUCCAAGCAUUAAAGUUGAGCACUUCAAUACAGAGAUUGCGUCAAGGGCAGAAUGAACAACAAAAUUGGUUGGACGAAUAUAAGCCACGAGUGCUGAAACUCCGUCAACAG